AAGAUGCGAGCAGAAAAUGUCGGGAAUCGUCGUCCACAUUCGGAGGAGUCGGGCGUUGCUUUCACCGGAAAAGCAAUUGCAAAGGAAGGUAAUGGCGGUGUUGUCGACAUUGGCGAGAGCGAAGCUGCCUACCUUGCUCGAGUUGCACUUGCUGGUCUUCGAACGAAUCGAGUUAACGUUGUCCAAGAUGCAAAUCUCAGCGACCAAGUAGGAAGUAGUAGAGUCCAGCAACUAUGCCCGCCUGGACCAUUUGCCGUUUCAUUCAGUCUUCCCGGACCUGUUGACCCCCGUCUCUUUUCUCCUCAUUUCCAGCAUGAUGGACUCCUCGAGAUCGUUGUUCUCAAAUCGAGCAAAUUCAGCAAAAAGUGAAAAAUCAAAGCACAUCCAAAGCUAGUGUAAUUGAGUUGAACAAUGAUGACGGAGAUGUAACUGGCGAUGGUCCGAUGGAGAACAGGAGUGAUACAAAUUCCAAUGGUGUUUCAGCCCUUCGAUCUAGGGUUUGUCUUUUAAUUUCCUACUGUAACUUAAAUCGUCAAGGGUGGUUGAGGAUUUAAGUUUUGAGAAUGUUUUCCAGCAGAAGGAUUUUCGUAUUGUGAAAUAAAGAACGCGUGUGAAGCCUUCAGAGUGAUUCAAAAUUAUCUUUAAUCUUGUUUCACUUUUUUAACUUUC